AUGGAAGCCGACAAGACCGUGUCCACCCAAAUCGAAGUGUCUGAUCUCACCACUGCCUUCCAGACUCAGAUUGUCCCCAUGCCUGUGUGCAAGUACGAGAUUCUCAAUGGUGGACCAACGGGAGAGCCUGUACAGUUUGCCACAAUCGGACAGCAGGUGUAUCACAAAUGGACUUGUGACUCCGAAACUAUUGACACCUUCUGCGCCGUCGUGCACACCUGUACUGUUGACGACGGAAAUGGUGAUACCGUCCAGAUUCUCGACGAGAAUGGUUGCGCUCUCGACAAAUUCCUGCUGAACAAUCUCGAAUAUCCCACUGAUCUCAUGGCUGGACAGGAAGCUCACGUUUACAAAUAUGCCGAUCGCAGUCAACUGUUCUACCAGUGCCAGAUCAGCAUCUCCAUCAAGGAGCCAAGCGCCGAGUGUGCCCGACCUCAGUGUGCUGAACCAAAGGCCUUCGGAGCAGUCAAGCAGGAACGUCAAGCACAGUUCUUCCGUGUGCUGAAAAAACGAUCAACGAUCUCUGCUCUUGAGAAUGUUUUGGACGUUCGAGCAGAAAUCACCGCUCUUGAUGUACUCGAUGGAGAGCUGCCAGCAUUGCCUGAGGCCGCCCGUCUCACUGCCGACCCCACAUUGAUCAGCUUGCCGUCAGAAGGAGUAUGUAUGUCGCUACAUGUGAUGUCAGUGAUGGUCUCCGGUCUUGUCUUCCUCAUGAUCCUCGCCGUCGUCUGCACAGCACUCUGUCUCAGAGUGAAAAAGCAUUGA